AUGCUGCAGUCGCUGGCGGGCAGCUCCUGCGUGCGGCUGGUGGAGCAGCACCGCUCCGCCUGGUGCUUCGCGCUGCUGGUGCUGGGCUACCUGCUCUACCUGGUGUUCGGCGCCGUGGUCUUCUCCUCGGUGGAGCUGCCCUACGAAGACCUGCUGCGCCAGGAGCUGGGCAAGCUGAAGCAGCGCUUCCUGGAGGAGCACGCUUGCCUCUCGGAGCAGCAGCUGGAGCAGUUCCUGAUGCGGGUGCUGGAAGCCAGCAACUACGGCGUCUCGGUGCUCAGCAACGCCUCGGGAAACUGGAACUGGGACUUCACCUCCUCCCUCUUCUUCGCCAGCACCGUCCUCUCCACCACGGGUUAUGGACACACAGUGCCUUUAUCUGAUGGGGGAAAGGCCUUCUGCAUCAUCUACUCAGUCAUUGGGAUCCCGUUCACGCUGCUGUUCCUGACGGCCGUGGUGCAGCGCAUCAUCGUGUACGUCACCAGGCGGCCGGUGCUCUACUUCCACAUUCGCUGGGGCUUCUCCAAGCAGGUCGUUGCCAUCAUCCAUGCCAUGGUCCUCGGGUUUAUCACUGUCUCCUUCUUCUUCUUAAUCCCAGCAGCAAUAUUUUCUGUCCUGGAAGAUGACUGGAAUUUUUUGGAGUCUUUUUAUUUUUGUUUCAUUUCCUUGAGCACCAUUGGCCUCGGAGACUAUGUGCCAGGAGAAGGCUACAAUCAAAAAUUCCGAGAACUAUAUAAAAUUGGAAUUACAUGUUAUCUGUUGAUGGGCCUUAUUGCAAUGUUGGUGGUUCUUGAGACUUUCUGUGAACUCCAUGAGCUCAAAAAGUUCAGGAAGUUGUUUUAUGUGAAGAAGGACAAGGAGGAGGACCAAGUGCAUAUAAUGGAACAUGACCAGCUCUCCUUCUCGUCCAUCUCAGACCAAGCAGCCUCCAUGAAGGACGAUCAGAAGGCAAACGAGCCUUUUGUGAAUUCCCAGUCCCCAACUUCCAAUGACAGCUCUCUAAACAAUUAAUACAUGGGUAUCCAUACCCAGUGUUUUGGUGCAUUUAUGCUACUUACCAUAAGAAAUAGAAAGCCUCAUAUUUUUUUCUCAAAAUAUAAAAGCUGGAAGACUGUGCUACUUUAACAAGGAUUCAUCACUUCUGACAUAGAAAAGACUUUUGGAAAAAAUGUGGGAGCCACCCUGGGAAGAGGGA